AUGGACACUGCAACCACAACCGCUCGGCCGGAAAAGGCCCACGCCUCGAAAUGGAGAUAUUGGGCUGAUAGGCUCGCCGUGGAGGAGUCUGAACCCGGUCUGACCAGCACGCAGCUCAUGCUGACAAAUUAUGACCUCAAACCUUUGAGCAGUGUUGAGCCCGAGAGACGGCAGUGGGGACCCUGGAAUUUUGUGGGCUUUUGGGUUGCCGAUUGCUUCAAUGUCAACACAUGGAUGAUUUCCUCGUCCAUGGUCGUGGGCGGCCUUUCAUGGUGGCAGUCCUGGCUAUGCGUUUGGAUUGGCUAUGCCAUCGCCGGUGCCUUUAUCACCAUGACUGGUCGCAUCGGAGCCGUCUACCACAUUGGAUUCCCCGUCGUCAGCAGAUCGUCCUUUGGUAUUUGGGGUAGCUUGUGGCCUGUUUUCAACAGAGCUGCUAUGGCUUGCAUUUGGUAUGGUGUUCAAGCUUACAUUGGAGGCCACUGUGUUUAUCUCAUGAUCCGCUCGAUCUGGAAGUCUUGGGAUCGCAACACCAUUAACCCAGAGGGCUUCUCUGCGGACUCUGGCACAUCCACGGCAGACUACGUCUCGUUUGUCAUCUUUUGGCUCUGCUCUCUGCCUGCCAUCUGGUUCCCUGUGCACAAGAUCCGCCAUCUGUUCACGGUCAAGUCAUACGUGGCUCCGUGCGCCGGUAUCGCGUUCUUGAUCUGGGCCGUCGUCCGUGCCGGAGGAGUUGGCCCUAUCGUCAACCAGCCUUCGAAGCUCCAGGGUGGCGAUUUGGCUUGGGAGUUUGUCAAGGGCGUCAUGUCUUCCAUCGCUAACUUUGCCGCACUAAUCAUCAACGACCCCGACUUCUCUCGUUUUGCCGGCAAGCCUAGAGAUGCGCUGUGGUCUCAGCUCUUCACGAUCCCCGCUGGCUUCGCCUUCACCUCGUUUAUCGGCAUCAUCGUCUCUUCCUCGUCAGCAGUGAUUUACAACUUGGAAGACCCGAUCUGGGAUCCCUUGGAACUCCUCGAGAGAUUCAUCGAUGACGGUGGAUCUGCCCAACGAUUCGGAGUCUUCAUGAUCUCGCUUUCAUUUGCGCUGGCCCAGCUUGGUACGAACAUUGCAGCGAACUCGGUUUCCGCCGGCACAGACAUGACGGCUCUCCUCCCUCGAUACCUGAAUAUCCGCCGCGGUGGAUACAUCUGCGCCGCAGUCGGUCUGGCCAUGUGCCCGUACACGCUGCUUACCGACUCGAACCAGUUCACAACGUACCUCUCGGCAUACAGCGUGUUCCUCAGCUCCAUCGGCGGUGUCACCUGCUGCGAUUACUACCUCGUCCGAAAGGGAUACUUGGAGGUCAAGGAGCUUUACGACGGGCGCAAGUCUGGGCCGUACUACUUCACGUACGGCUUCCACUGGCGCGCUUAUGCGGCCUACGUUGCGGGAAUUCUCAUCAACGUUGUGGGAUUCGCCGGCGCCGUCGGCCGCGAGGUUCCAAUUGGUGCUACGUACAUCUACAACGUCAACUAUUUCGCCGGCUUCAUCAUUGCCGGCGGCGUUUACUGGAUUCUCUGCAAGAUCUCUCCUAUUCCUGCAACCAGCGACAGGUGGAUGGAAGUGGGUGACGAGAUUGACGAUAUGCGUGUUGCAUACAACAACAACAGCCAGGAUUUCGACGAGGAAGCCGUGACUGGCUCCUCCAAGGGCGUUGAUGGUUCCAAGGUUAAAUGA